AGUGAGUGAUGCUCAUGUCUAAUAAUGGAAGGGAAGUACUCCUGAUUCAGUGAAAGACGGCUUUCCUAGGUGAUAUACAAUCACAAAUGCCAAUAAGAUAGAACUGUUUGAAAUAAAACAUUAGAUGUAAGAAGUCAAUAUGAUCGAUAAAUAUAUAACACAGAAAACAGUAUUAAUCAUGAUUUAGUCGUACAAAAAGGAGCAGAAGGAAAAUCACUCAAUCAAAUUGUGCCACAGUCCAAUGUUUUCGUUAAGCUUUAUGCACCUGCAGGAGCCCAAUUUGCGGAAAGAAGUUCCUUUGAUAUUUAAUUACGGGCGCUAAUCUGUGUCGUAUAUGAAAGUUUUUUUUUUUUCGAUUUCACACUAGUGUCAACGUGUAGCCCUUUUGCUAGGCAUGCCACUCAGUUCGUGUAUAUGCAAGCGUAAAUUUGUCUAUAGUUUGUGAUCAGUAAAGAUGCGUGUGACAUUCGUGCAUCUUGAUCUUGGUAUUGGUGGUGCCGAGAGGCUCGUGGUAGAUGCUGGUCUUGCCCUAAAAAAAGCAGGACACCAGAUUGAAUUCAUCACAUCACAUCAUGACCAGGCGCACUGUUUCCCUGAAACGCGUGGAGAAUUGCACGUGACGGUAUGCGGCGAUUGGCUUCCGCGUUCGAUUUUGGGUAAAUUUUACGUCAUCUGUUCAAUUAUUCGCAUGAUUUACCUGGCUCUGUACAUACGUCUUGCCCGAUGCCAGUCUGCUCUCAAACCAGAUCUCAUCUUUGUUGAUCAGGUGUCACAUUGUAUUCCGUGGUUGAAGCUUAUGCGAGUACCCAUACUCUUUUACUGCCACCAUCCGGACUGCGUUUUAGUUCAGAAAAAAAAUACCCUACGGGAUGUGUACAGAUGGCCUAUUAAUUGGUUUGAAGAAUACAGUACUUCGCUGGCUGAUCUUAUUGUGGUUAAUUCCCGAUACACAGAAAAGGUUUUUCGGAAAACCUUCCGUCGAUUGGCAAAGACCCAGCUUGAAGUUCUCUAUCCCACCGUGGGUCUGGCUUUGUACGAUGCUCCUAUGCAAGGCGACCUCAACGACAUAGCGCUCACGAAAAAUUCAGAUACUACAUUUUUAUCGCUCAACAGGUUUGAACGCAAGAAGGAGAUCAGUCUUGCCAUUAAAGCACUUGCGUACGUCAUCUCUUGCGGCGAGUCGGAUGUGCAUCUGGUUAUAGCGGGCGGCUACGACGAAGCGCUCCCGGAAAACGUCGAACAUUUUGAAGAGCUACAACAGCUCGCAGAGGAGCUCCACGUAGCAGAUAGAAUCACGUUCUUGCGGUCUCCUUCCGAUGCCCAGAAACAGCUGUUGUUGUAUCAUUGCUGUGGUGUCCUUUAUACACCUCAAAACGAGCACUUUGGUAUUGUGCCCCUGGAAGCCAUGUACAUGCGUCGACCUGUGAUUGCAACAAAUACUGGCGGGCCUCUAGAAACCAUCAAGGAUGACAGCACAGGAUUUUUGUGCGAGUCAACACCUCAGGCGUUUGGAGACGCAAUGCUAAAACUUUGCCGAGAUCGGAACCUCGUCGCCGAGCUGGGUGAAGAAGGGCGCAGGAGAGUUAUAGCUUUGUUCUCAUUUAACAGCUUCCAACAAAGACUGGAAAAAAUAAUAGAUAAGCUUGUUCCACCUCAGGAAAAUGCUGGAAAAUGAAAAUGGACUACGUUUCUCUAUUUUUCUAGUCAACUGUUCAAGCAGGUAAAGGUGUAGGCGCCUCUCGGUAGAAUGAGAGAAGCAAGACUAACUCUAGUACAGGACCAGAAAACCUGCACACUGACCUCUACCGUAUAAAUCGAUCUGUUUGUUGAGCACGGCGGCAAAUAUCUUAGAAUAUCAUCCGAUAUUGGUACGAUCAUGAACAAGUAAAUGACAGUGAAGGCAAGAUUCAGUAAAACCAACCACGAUAUAUUAUGGAGGCAUAUUUUUAGGUCAAUAAGAAUUGUUUUAUUCAGUGAACAACCUUGCAUUCUAUGAACUUCAAUUAAGUGACUGACGUAAUUGAAGAGAUAGAAGGUAAUACGGUGUACGGAAGGUGGCACUAGUUAUUUUAGCAGUCAAGUAAACGAAUACGAGUGUACGCACUGCUAGAUAUGAAUAAUAUUGAACUCUCCAGAAUAAGCCAUCCCUGUAUAAGCUAUUAUGUUACUGGCUAUCUAUUAAGACACACACCUAGUCUACCUUCUUGCUAAGAGCGCCCUCGCUACUAUUCAGAAGCACCAAUUAGUCCAACUACCGUUUCAAUUCACAAGUAUAUUUUCUCAACGUUAUCGGUGAAGCUCACUUCGACCAUCUAUGCUGAAUGAGAUAUGACCUGUCCAGUUGUUGACGUUUCUUUGUUAUCCAAUCGCUUGACAACAACAAUAAUAAUAAUAAUAAUAGCAACAACAAGAUCUUGUUCUAUCAGAAAAUUUACGAACGUUUGCUAAACGGGGACAGCGUUGAACCACUGAGCGGCACUCCUCAACUUCCUUGUCCCUAACGUCGUGCCCUUUAGCCAGCUGCUUACGUUUUAUCAAUGGCUGCUGAAAAUCUCCAGCGAUAUCUACCGCUGCUCUUGCCGACGAUGUGAUCUAUUUUUUAAGCAUUCUAGGUUGCGUUUUGCGAAUAUACAUCCCUAGGAAAAUCCUGAUCUCAGCAGAUUUACGAAAAAGCGCAAAAGAGGUAAAUAAAUGUAGUCGCUGUGACCAGACACUUGCGACAUAAAACGCGCCUAACAGAUGUUCUUAUGUACGCAGUGACAAAAGAAGCGUCCAGUACGAAAGCUGCGGCACAUAAUCAACGGGACGUGAUUGAAAUUAAAUUUGCAAACAGACAUCGCAAAACGAAGCUUUGCUUCUUACGUGUUUUUAUUAAAGCUAAGCGGACCGUUCAGCGCUUCUUGAGAACCUCAGGAAAAGAUGUAAAGGACGAAGUCGAAAUUAAGCUGCUAUCAGGUACCACUAUCAUGUAGCGCCCUUCGUAUGAAGAAAUAGGGGGCUGAGGUGUGUUAACAUGGAGACGAUGAAGUCCCAUAAAUAUGCACAACCUACUGACUAGGAGCUGUACGUAUGUCUUGACAAAGAUUGUCCCGCAAUUCUAGCAUCGUUUUUAACAACACUCAUGUCAAAAACCAUAGUUUGCCAUCUUCCAAUGAUAUCGAAUUUGCAAAUUGCAGUUCGUGGCUCUCAUUUUGACCUACAAUGUAUCGUCGCAGUACAAAAUGCAAUGGAAAAUUUUUUUAAAACACCUUUAAAAUGAUCGAACACCAAUCAUGCAAUACGUGUGUACACGUGGGAAAAGAAAAAAACAUUCGUCUAUAGCUGCGUCAUAACUUACAUAAAAACUAGUACUUCACAAACGGUAUACAGAUAAAUAUUUUCUCCAUUAUUUGAGGCGCCAACAUGUUGCAAAUUGCCAAGAGGGAUGAAAGGAACUUCUGUGUGAUGUUGUUGCGUCGACUGUAGAAAUCACACUAAUUUGUGAAUUUGUGAGCCUAACUGACUUGGGGCAAGUACUUACUCAAGGCCGCCUGUCACGGCCGCCGACUAAUCUGACGCGGGCAAUUAUUAUUAUUAUCGUACGAGAAUAGAAGCCCAAUGAAGUAAGCGAACAUCAUAGCAAAACAACUUCUUAUUGGCUCUCAAUAUCAGACCCGGCAUAGAGCAACACGAAGCCACAAUAACGGAUUUCUACGCAGAAUGGUCACCAGCGACUAGAAGUGGUGUCUCACUUCGCUAUAAAAUAAAGAAAAGAGUGGGUAACUUUAGUAAAUGAACCCAAUCGCAGAGUCAAGCUACAGCUCUAUUUCAAGAGGACCAUGCUUUUUGUAUGAUUUAUAUGUAUACUGAGAAAUUCUUAAGAAAAGCAGGACGGUCAAUGAAGACCCGAAUACCGUCUGGUUGCCUCAAUAAAACGAGGCUAUUCAACAGGAAAGGUCCGACAGAUGGGCCAAAAUUAUCCUUCAGCACGACAAUGGUGGAUCGCAGGUGGCAAGGAUUGUGAAAGCCGUCCUGCAAAAGCUUGAGUAGAAGCCUCACUUACAUGCACUGUAUCUUCUAGAGCUCGGGCUGAUGGAUCAAUUGUAAACCAAAGAAGUAAUCCUACAAUUAACAAUGAAAAGGAUUUCAGAACUUGGCUGAGUGAGCCUUUCAAAACUAGACCUGAAAAUUCCUGCUUAAGAAGAAUAAAUUAAAUUGUCGACAGAGGGACGACGAUCGUAACCAGUGACAGCGAGUACGUCGUCAACGAAUUUGUUGGCAAAAUUUAAGUGCAAUAUUGCGUCUUUUAUUUAGACGCAAAACGGCUUUCACUUAUUCUUAAACUUAAAAUAUUUAAGAAAGGGUAAAAGGGAUCGUUUUCAGCUUAUAGAUCAGGAAAGCAUUGUGUGAUCAUUUUUCGAAGAGCUCAUCAUUGACUUACUCCGAAUUUUCUGAUAGAUCUGAUUUAGGGCGCAAUCAGCAUAUAUAUUUAAGGGAUAGUUUCGUGAUUUCCAAAUUGCUUACGAUAGGGGCUUACGCUUGAAUAAAGGGCACCGUGUUUUAUGCCGCAUACAUUAACCUCUUACUUCCGUCGCAUAGAAUGGAUCGCGAUUUAUUAUUGCUCAAAUUAAGGUAUUUAAAUAUUGCUAAUAACGUCACGAAGUGACUAAAGAUCUACUUUUAAAAUGGAACCUUUUCCGUUAACUUCGAUCAGUUAAUUAGCGGUUCAGCGUUUUGUACAUGAGAGUGUCUAUAGUGAUUGCGGGUUUGGUCCUGUACUGGUUGAAGUAUUUGUUGUAGACUUGCAAAAAGCUACACCAGACGGAAUAGCACAUGUGUAGCACAUGUUUACCAAUGACUUGAGGAUGUACGUAUCAAUAGCAAGCAGAAUCAAUAUGGAGAUAUUGCAAAAAACAAAAUUUCCCAGUAGCGCCGGUCCACGACAUCCAAGGAUAAUAAAAGAAGAACAGGUAUUGAAAUGUUUUAUAAAUGA